GUACUUUGAAUGCCUGGGAUGACUCUCCAUCGCUUGUCACAAUGCCAGCACUCUCCUGGCCCCUGGGGACAAAACACAAUUAAUAUAAAGCACUGAAAUGCUUAGAAUGAAAUACUUUAACAUAGUAUGGGUGGGUGUUUUUUCCUCUAUUCUUUACAACUUGAAAUUUUAAAGUAAGCUUAUUUGUUGUUUUAUUUUUAUAGCCUUGUAAUCAAAACUGUGGUUUCUUGCCCAUGUUACGCUUUAUUUUAAAACAGUCAUAUAAGGCUUAUGCCUAAGCCACUGAAUUCAGUGGGAAUCUUUCCGUUAAUAAGCACUGGCUCAGGCUCUUAUCGCAGGCCAUUUUCAGUGUGGGCAUAACGUAACAGCAGAUGCUUAAUCUGAAAAGCCAUUUUACUAUGAUAGUUGUCUGGGCUUCUACUGUGUUUCUGUUGUUGUUUUUGUUUGUUUGUUUUUAAGAAACUGAUGUUUUUGCCUAAGGGAUCCACUGAUCAGCUAUGCAGCAGCUUUCUCACUCCUGCACUUCAGCAGUCAUUCACACCUAUACAAACAUGCGGACCCUCUGACGAUGCAUUUGACUGAGCACCUAAAUCUCGUAUCGGGCACCUCAGUUUCUGAACCCAAGCACAGAAAGUCUGGUGUACUCAGUUACUGAAAACUGAAAUACUGUUCUUGGGGGAAAUCAACCUCGGACUGACAGUUGAGAUCUGUGGAACAGAAGAUCUCUACCAGUUCAAAGGACGGUUAUUCCCAGGCUGCUCCCCAUUCUCCCCCACAGCGAUCCCUGACUCCACGCUCUGUCAUUCAGACACAUGCCCGAACAAGCAGCCCGAUUCCAUCAAACUGCUGUGACAGGGCCAGUGAGAGUGCGGCACAACUGUUCGAGUUUUACAGUGCAGUCUUCAUCCGUGAAAUAUGUAUGUUUUGCAGACUGAAUUUCUAUAGGUAACAGCGUAGGCUGCUUUAUCUUCCUUUAACGUCUCCCUGGAAUAAGGCAAAAUGUUAAUUUCAACAAAACUGUUGCUAUAGUCUCCACCACUCCUAUAGCAUACACAUGGGCUUUGGUAGACUGGUAAACUCCCAGUGCAUGCUCACAGACCAAGUUUUCACAUACCUGACAUCAGAAUAUCUGAAUUGUUUAGUGCAAAUCACAGUUAAUAGAUCACUUUUUCUUAUAAUAAUGACAGAAAGGGACAGAUGUUUUUCUUAGGAGAGGAAAUACCUUAGAAUAUUGGAACAAGAUGCUAUUCACACAUUAGACUGGUAUUACUUAGGGUAAGCAACAAUAACAUUGGGUGCAAAAACCUACCUAAUAGAGUCGAACCUACGGCUGAACAUUCCCAUUACAAAUGCUCUCCAAGACUAGAAUGCCGGUCCUGGUCACCAGCCCCAAUGGCAUGCGCAGCAAAAUUCUAAAGAACAUUUGCUUCCAGAAAACAAAACAAAAUAAACCUCCUACCUAUCUGAACAAAUAUACCCAGUUAAUGGCACAGACGAUCCUCAAGGAAAAAAUUGCGGAGUAGGACAUUCUUCCUGAGUUCAAACAAAUGGGUUUAAGAUAUCCAUCUAUAAACACAAGGCCUGGUAGUAAAACUUAAAGAGCUGAUAUACUGCAUUCAGCAACUUUUAGUUCAAUUUUAGUAUUUCAGACAUUUUCUGCUUAAAUAUUGACAGUGUUCCUUUAAAUAUCAACAAAAUCAAAUAGGAUAAAGAGAGAGAAGCAAGCAUCCCGUAUGAAAGGCCCGUUCAGGUAAUUGGAUUAUAUCUUUAAUACCGUGCUAAGGAAAGAAAAUUAAGCUCAAUUUCAUUACUAAAAUGCUUAUAUAAUUUUACCAAUAAGUGAUUUUAAGUAUGCAAGCUUUUUAGUAAAUCACUAAUAACCAAUGAACAUUAGAGUUAAAAAUGUAUAUAUGUGUGGUUGUCAACCUCAAAAUAAGAGCACGUGUAUCUUUGUACGUAGACGGUCGCUUACGGUGCUGUAGUAUGAAAUACUUGCAACUUAUUCGGAAGUCCCAGCAAUACAAUUUCAAAGCGUUGCCCUGGUGGGAAACAGAAGCUGCUGCAAAGCCCUCGCAGCUCAGGCCCUGCAGUUCGCUCCUAACAAAGGGCAGGCACAAGAAUUUUUUUUUAAAGGAACAAAAAUAGCGCAGCUCUCUUUCUUUACCCUCGUUAAAACACAGCGAUAAUUUUAAAAGCAUUUCGCACAACGAGGGCUAAAACAAAUAGAGCUAGAUGCUGUUCUGUUCAUUUUCUAUGUCACAGAAGGUCGCCUUAUCUUCACGCAGAUACUAACGCUCCUCAGCAAUCACUUGUGCCUGAGCUGCUUUAUUUGUCUGCCUCUAAUACAGAGCCUGCUUAUUUGGCAGUUUCUCAAGUUACUCCCCUCAGGCAGCUUGAGCCAGUAAAACUAGAUCCUUUCCUCUCGGUGGAGCUUACUGACAACCAGCCGUCUGGUUUCCUAGGAGACGAAAUCUUGGCUAGAAAUAGUGAAUCAUUUCCAGGUCACUUUCAACAUGGAGAGUGGAGCAGGAAAGCAUUGGACUGAAGAGGAGGUUAAAGCCUUGUUAAGCGUCUGGUCAGAAAAAAAUAUCAGAAAGCAGCUCCAUGGCACCCUGAGGAAUAAAGGAAUAUUUAUCUACAUUGCUAAAAGGCUACAGGAGUUAGGAGUUUGCAGAGAUUGGAAACAGUGCCGUGCAAAGUAUAAAAAUCUGAAGUAUGAAUACAGAACGGUUAAAUAUGCCCACAACUCUGGGGAUGUCACUAAAACCAUGAAGUUUUUUCAUGAUCUGGAUGCCAUAUUGCGAUAUGAACCUGUCACACAAUUAGCAGCAGAAGAGAACGGCAGGUGUUCUGCAACUGAGACGCAGCUGAACACAAGCCCCACAGCAGACAACACGCAAGGUGAAAUAUCAGUUUCUUUAGAAGAUGAUGAGGAUGCUCCAGGAGAUCCACUACUUUUUAUGUCCCAUGUUGGACCAGUUCAACUAGGUAAUCCAACGUCUGCAAUAGAGGCUUCCAAAACACCGGCUUUUAUUCCAACAGUAGCAAAUGAAGGAGGAAAACACUGGACUGUUAAUGAAGUCAGAGCUCUGAUACGCAUAUGGUCUGAUAAAAAUAUCCAGCAACAACUGGAGGGGACAGUGAGAAAUAAAAGAAUAUUUGAACAGGUUGCUGCUAGACUUCAAAAGUUUGGAAUUGACAGGGACUGGAAGCAGUGCAGGACAAAAUAUAAAAAUCUGAAACAUGAAUACAAGAGUGUAAAAAAUGCCCAAGACUCAGGGAGUACAAGUAAAAGCAUGAAAUUUUUUAAUGAACUGGAUGCUAUUCUGGGGCACAGCACCAUGGAACAAGCAAGUAAAUCAGAUAACGAUGAAAGUGGGAGGCCUCCAGAAUGGACUGAAGCAAAAUCAGAAAAGGACUCCAUAGAAAUGCCUGGAGACACAGGUGAAGAGGACUCUAUUAGUAAUAUGUCAGAAGACCUACGGGUUGCAGAUAUAAAGAAAGUUUCUGACUCAGAAAACCUCGAAGAUGAGGCGGACUUCAUUGGUUCCACCCAGGCAGCACUGGAAGCCACACAAAUAAAGAGGGAGACAAUUGACAUAGAUGAUGAUUCUGUAAGCACUACCUCAGAAGACAGAUCUUGUACACCAGUAGCAAAGCGGACAGUUGGAACAGAUAAUCAAAUUCCCUUGGAUGAAGCCCAAAAUCACUUUAAAGUUAUUACAGUUAAUGAUACUGGAGCAGGAAAACACUGGAGUGAUAAUGAAGUCAGAGCUUUGAUAAACAUAUGGUCAGAUAUAAAGAUACAACAAAUGCUUGAAGGAGCCACAAGAAAUAAAGAAAUAUUUGAGGAAAUUGCCAGAAGGUUAAUGAAACGUGGAAUAGACAGAGACUGGAAACAAUGUCGCACAAAGUACAAGAACUUAAAAUAUGAAUACCGAGCACUGCAGAAAGAAAAUGAACAACUUGGUAAUCCCAGGAGAAAAAUGAGGUUUUAUGAUGAAGUUGACUGUAUCUUAAGAAGACAGCCUCUAGGUCCAUCAAGUUGGGGAUGUGAAAGUUCUAGCCUCCUAUCAGUUUCAGUGGGAGAUGUUACAGCAAACACAGGAUCGUUGGGUGUGAAGAGAAAAACAUGGAAUGAUGAGAUGUCACCUGUUCCACUCAAGAAAAGUGCUUCUGAAAACACCAUACUCCAGUUUCAAAAACUAUUAACAGAGAAAGUGCAUACAGUAACAGAAGGCAAAAAGUUGCUGUUAGAAAGGCUCUGUAAGCAGGAAGAAAUGCAAGACCUCAACAGAUCACAGCUGUUUGGUGAUCCACCAGCCAUACAACAGUGUGACUGCCCUCACGGAAGCAAGGCUAACCUGAGGGAGACAGCACUGCAAAGAAGACAAACUUCACAUAAAAUUCUUGAGGCGGAGACCAAAUUGUUGCCAUGUAACUGCUCCUGGGAAUGUAAUGUAAAUUGCAUCAUGGAAAUGAUCCAGGCUAAAAAUCAAAUCCAACAUCAAGUAAAGAAAGGCAACAGCAGCAAGCCUUAAUUCCAUGAAAAACAGGGACCUUUGCUCUUCUUCUCAACCCCCCCACCCCCAAUAUCUGCAUUAUUACCUGGGAACCUUUCAGAUUAGUGCGGAAAUCUCUUUGUCGCCUCUCCAGUUUGCAAGUGGGAUACUGAAAUUUUCGAGGUGGGGCAGAUAAAUGGAGCAAUCACGUUCUGAGCUGUACUAAAAGUUCCAUUCAUCUAUAAAGGACGCUCAUUCAUUGAGAUGAAUGGGUCAUUUUACACCUGUCUUGAUAGGGCUGUUACCCUGGAAAGUCCUCUAAAUGCCCCAUUUAGCUUAUUUCCUGGUAGCCCAAACUAUAUUGGAGCCAAAUGCAUGUAGAAAGCACUUCAGGGCAGCAGAGGAGUUUGCACUGUUGGUGGAUCCACAAGCACUAUGAGUAUCCCUGAGUUCUUAAAAGACAAUCCCUCCCUACUUUCAUCCUUUGCUCCUUCUCUUGCAGCAAGGUCUCUUUGUGUUGGUACAAGCACUCAUGUGGCCAAGUGGUUAGCCAACAGACAAAAACUCAUACAAGUUAAACCUACUAUAAAGCCCCUCUGAACAAUGUUGGGUUUU